AUUUUGUCCUCACUACGCGCUCACGCAGAACAAGCUCGAAAAAAAAAACGUUGCAGCUGGGAGGUGCAAAUCUUGACUUAUUCGGCCGCCACCUCCAGGCUUAUGCAUCGUGAAUCUAGGCUAUUGCGCCUAUUUGAUGGCAUAUUCCCCCGAGCUACUUCCUGAUGACGAUGCUUGGAGCAACGACAUGUACAAGGCUGCCAAGAAAGACGCCGAGCGUGUCCUCUCCGGCUACGUCACCAAGCCAACACCUGAGCUGCAAUACCGACACUUGGUCGAGUUGCUGGGUGCGAGAUCAAAGCAUGAGGUGCUCAAGGACGGUGCAAAGCUUGGCGAGCAACUGGCGGAGUCGAUGCUUGGAGAGGAGGUAGGGUGGGAGGCUCUGGCCGAAUUUUGGUGCAAGAUGCCGAUGUACAUUGCUCCAUCGGAUAACCUCGACGGGCACGCGGAGGCGAUCGCCCGGGGCGGCGAGCUGGUAACGCUCCUGUGGGCGCUGCUCACCCAUUUGGGGGUUGUCAGUAGGCCUGAGGCCACCUCCACUACCAAUACUACUACUACCACCACGGGUGCUUCUGAUGUCGUUUAAGCACUUAGGGCAGUGUGUUAUUUCAUUUAGCUAGCAGCCGGCUGUUAUGCUGCAUUAAUUCCUUCGAUGUUGUCCUACGGUCUGAUGAAUUUGUUGUAAUGAUGAACGUUUUGUUUAGAAUGGGUGAAC